AUGAACCAUAUGUUCGGAGAUUUGAGCACCAAGUACGAUAAUGUCGUGAGCCAUAUGAGACAGAUGGACAUUCAGAUAGCUCAGACUGCUGAGAGCGUCAAGAGGCAGCAAGGUACUCUACCUGGUAAAACAGACAAAAAUCCUAAGGAGUGCAAUGCAGUUCAACUGAGGAGCGGAAAACAACUUUCCGAGCCAGAGAAGAGGAGGUUCACCACGGCUGAGAAAGGGAAGCAGAAAGAGUCGGAACAACUACCAUGCGAUACCCCGGCAGUUGAGAGGAAUACGGAACCAGCUGUUGGAACAAAUUCACCAGGGCCAGAACAACCAGCUGAAGCUGUUCGCCCGAUCCCAGAAGUUGUUCCUCCUCGCGAAUACAUUCCUAAAGUCCCUUACCCUGUUCCAGCAAAGGCCACUCGUAAGGACAAAGAGGAGAUGAAGUGCAGGAAGAUGCUGGAGGACCUAACCGUCCGACUCCCCUUGAUGGAUGUGAUCCAGAUGAUGCCCUCCAUGCGCAGCUUUAUGAAGGGAUUGAUCUCAGGAAAAAUAUCAGAGGAGAGCGAAUUCAUGACAGUUUCCAAGGAGUGCAGUGCAGUGCUUCAGAACAUGCAGAUAAAGAAGCGAGGAGACCCCGGCAAGUUCGUCCUCUCUAUCCAGAUUGGGAAGACAGUUUUUGCAUGCUCCUUGGUUGAUCUUGGAUCCAGCGUGAACCUCAUGCCUUACACUGUAGGACGACGUCUAGGAUACACACAUUUCAAACCAACUAAGAUGUCCUUAGUGUUCGCGGAUAGAUCAGUCAAAUCCCCAGGUUGUAUACUAGAGGAUCUCCAAGUAAAAGUCGGAAACACCUCUGUUCCAGCAGACUUCGUUGUUCAAGAGCUGGAAGAAGAGUCUAAGGAUCCUCUCAUCUUGGGAAGACCAUUCCUAUGUACUGUUGGAGCCAUCAUUGAUGUGCGACAAGGGAAGAUUGAUCUGAAUCUUGGGGACAUAGUCAUGCAAUUCGAGAUGGAUUAA